UAUUUAAAGAACUUCUGACGAGAUUGUCUGAAGAGAAAAGAAAUGGUGCCCCUCAUCUUCCUAAAAUUGGAGAUAUCAAGAAGGCCAGUCGCUACUCCAUCCCAGAUCUAGCUGUAGAUGUGGAGCAAGUGAUCGGUCUCGAGAAGGUCAACAAGAAAAGUAAAGCCAACACUGUAGGAGGGAGAAACAAACUAAAGAAAAUACUCGACAAGACUCGGAUCAGUAUCUUACCUCAGAAACCAUACAAGUAUGUGUAGUUUUUUCAGCACCUUAUUUUAUUGUGUUCAGUAGAAGGACACACAGAAGUGUUGAUGUAGUGAAUGUUUGCCUAAGAGUCUAGGAAAUGUCUCUUUAGCAGAGUGUAUCAGGAGCAAAAAUAGACAGUUGAGUUUGCAUAAUUUUGCUUCUCUGCACAC